AGUAGUGGUGCUAUUCUUUUGCAUGCUUAGUGCGUUUGUGUUCUUGACGGAGGACGCAUGUUGCUGAAAGAAUUGCAUUAAAUUGCAACUGCAGCAACGACGGUGACCAGCAUUUCAUUUCAUUUAUUCCGAUUGACUAAUUAGUUGUGGAGCAAUCCAGGAGGCAAUUUGGGGAAAAGUGUCCACUUCUUCUGUGAUCUCUUCUGUGAAUACGUACAUAAUAAAAUUGGAAGGAAAAGAGUGAUUGGAUUUAAUCAUCGUAAAGAAGAAUUUAAAUUAAGGACCACCAAACCCGAUAGCUGAUGAAGUGGUCAAAAAUACGCUUGGCCCUUGUGGCCGUCCUUGUGUUCUGUCUUGUUGCCAACAUCUUUGCUGACGAUGAAAAAGAAAGCACAAAGUCUAGUACUCGAUUAAGGCUGAGGGGCAGAGGUCGCGGAAAGACGAGGGGAACCUCCACCACAACCGCAGCAUCGUCAGAUACCUCUGCGGAAACCACGAGCAAAAAACCAGUUUCCAGACGUACCGGUGGGGGACGAUUCCGUGGAAGCUCGUCGUCAAAAUCUUCCGAUGAUGAUGACCAAACUCCAGCAGGGUCGAUUCAAUCCAAAGUGUCGACAAGGCUCAGGCCUACGAAUAGACUGGGAGUGGCUGCUUCCGGUUCCAAGUCAAAGUCGACGUCUUCAAAUUCCGUUGACGGCAAGAAGAAGAUUGUCUGUUACUAUACAAAUUGGUCUCAAUAUCGACCCAAUAUUGGAAAAUUUCUUCCUGAAAACAUCCCAGCCGAUCUUUGCACUCACAUGAUCUUCGCAUUCGGAUGGAUGAAAAAGGGAAAGUUGUCCAGCUUUGAAGGAAACGACGAAACCAAGGAUGGAAAGAUUGGACUUUACGAUAAGAUCAACGGGUUAAAGAAAGUCAACCCCGACUUGAAAACGCUUCUAGCCAUUGGAGGGUGGAGUUUCGGAACUCAAAAGUUCAAAGAAAUGUCGGCUACCAGAUAUACAAGGCAGAUCUUCAUUUUCUCCGCCAUCCCAUAUUUGAGGGAGCGAAAUUUCGACGGAUUGGAUAUUGAUUGGGAAUAUCCUAAAGGAAGCGAUGAUAAAAAGAAUUACGUGCUUCUACUCAAGGAACUCCAAGAAGCCUUCAUUGCUGAAGCAGAGGAGGCAAAACGACCAAAACUCUUGCUCACCGCGGCAGUGCCUGUUGGACCAGACUCGAUCAGAGGAGGUUAUGACGUACCCGCAGUUGCAAAAUAUUUGGACAUACUCAACAUCAUGGCUUAUGAUUUCCACGGUCGCUGGGAGAGCCAAACCGGACACAACGCCCCACUUUACGCCCCCUCGUCUGACUCUGAAUGGAGAAAGCAGUUAAGUGUCAGUCAUGCUGCCGGUCUUUGGGUCAAAAUGGGUGCUCCCAAGGAAAAAAUGGUGAUUGGAAUGCCCACGUAUGGACGAACUUUCACUUUGACGGACAGACGCAACUUCUCCGUGAACGUUGCAACCAAGGGUGGAGGCAAUGCAGGAACGUACACGAAGGAAGGAGGAUUCCUCGCUUAUUACGAGAUUUGCGAGAUGUUGCGAGGUGGGAAGGCCAAGUAUGUGUGGGACGAGGAGAUGAAGGUUCCCUACAUGAUCGAAGGAGAUCAGUGGGUGGGAUUUGAUGACGAAAGAUCCAUCCGAAAUAAGAUGAAGUGGAUUCAAGAUGAAGGAUUUGCUGGAGCCAUGGUCUGGACCGUUGACAUGGACGAUUUUACCGGCACUAUCUGUGGCGGAGGGAAAUAUCCUUUGAUUGGCGCUAUGAGAGAGGAGUUGUUGGGAACGCCACGUGACAAGAAUGCCAAGGACAUCGACUGGGAGAAAGUUGCUGGAAAACCGAGCAAGCCAUCCGCCACGCUGCCACCCGCUUUGAAAAUCCCCGUUUCAGAACUCCUCGCCAAAACCAAGAACAAAAAAGGGGUGCAACAACUCCCCCUUCGAGAUGACAGUGAAGAGGAUGACGAACCUGUUGAUACCGCCAGCCGACCACCGCAAGUCAUGUGCUAUGUGACGAACUGGUCCUCCAAACGGGACGGGAUUGGGCGCUUUCACGUUGAGGAUAUCGAUGCCAAACUCUGCACCCAUGUCGUCUACGCUUUCGCCAAACUUAAAGACAACAAACUAGCACCCGGUUUGGAGUCGGACAUUGGGGACGACUUGAAGGAAGGAACGUACAAGAAACUCUUGAAACUGAAGGAUAAAAACCCAGACAUCAAAAUCCUCUUAGCUUUAGGUGGUUGGUCGUUCGGGAGCAAGCCGUUUAAGGAGCUUACUGCCAAUGUUUUCCGGAUGAAUCAAUUCGUCUAUGAUGCAGUCGAAUACCUCAGAGAACACAAUCUAGAUGGUUUGGACGUUUCGUGGGAAUAUCCUAGAGGCGAAGACGACAAAGCAUCGUAUCUCGACCUUAUUCGCGAACUUCGACUUGCCUUUGAAGGCGAGGCGAAGAGCUCCAAGUUGAAUCGACUCCUUCUCACUGCAGCCGUCCCAGCCAGCUCGAUAGCCAUUGAGGCAGGCUAUGAUGUCCCAGAGCUAUCGAAAUAUGUGGACUUCUUCAACAUCAUGACCUAUGACCUUCACGGACCUUGGGAGAAAGCUGUCGGCCAUAACGCUCCACUCUUUCCGAUCGAGUCUGCAACUUCUGCAGAGAAAAAAUUGACGGUGGAUCACGGGGCAAAACAAUGGAUGAAAAUGGGAGCUCCAAAGGAAAAGUUAUUGAUCGGAAUGCCCACGUAUGGUCGCAGUUUCACUUUGAGUGAUCCCAACAAGUUUGACAUCGGGUCUCCAGCCGAGAGCGGUGGGGAGUCUGGAAAGUACACCGGAGAAGCUGGGUUCCUAGCUUAUUACGAAAUCUGCGACUUUUUGGGAGGUGACAAUACCACGUUGGUUUGGGAUAACGAACAAAUGGUCCCCUUCGCGUACAAGGGAAGCCAAUGGGUUGGAUUUGAUGAUGAGAGAUCGCUGAAAACGAAGAUGGAAUGGUUGAAGGAGGAAGGACUUGGUGGUGUGAUGGUGUGGAGCGUGGACUUGGACGAUUUCAGAGGAUCGUGUGGAAGUGGGAAGUAUCCGCUCCUUAAGAGCAUGACCACCGAACUUGCCGGAUACAAAGUGGGUCUCGAAUAUGACGGCCCAUACGAAGGAACUGCCAAUGGUGGUGUCGCAAAGGGGAAAAAGGAUCCAAAUGAAGUGACCUGCGCUGAAGAAGAUGGUCACAUUUCUUACCACAUCGACUACGCAGACUGUACCAAAUAUUACAUGUGUGAAGGCGAAAGGAAACAUCACAUGCCAUGUCCAGCACAAUUGGUUUUCAACGAAAAUGAGAAUGUUUGUGACUGGCCCGAAAAAGUUGAGCGAUGCAGUGCACACACCCAAGCACCACCCUCUGCCAAAUAGAAACUCAAAAAAAUUAUGUAAUUACUCAUAAAUGCGUAGUUAUUUUUAAUUGCCCACCACCAAAUACCCAUCCAUAGACAGCAUUAUUUUACAACUGUCCUACUGUUUUGUACUGUAUGUAUUUUAUUUAAUGUAAAAAAAGUUUCUCCAUUUAUUAACAGCGCAGGAAAGAUGUAUUGUGUAGUAAGUAAUAAUAAUAAUUUCUUAUUUUGUAAUACUACUGCUCGCUAAGUUUAUAUUUUUGAAAAAAUAUGAACAAGAAGGUAAAACUGUGGUGUCAAAUGUACAUGUAAUACUGAAUGCAUUAAUUAGUAAUUAAUUAAGUAACUGAUUAUCGCACACGAUUUUUAAUAGUUUACAAAAUUGUUAGAUGAGUAUGAACUUGAUUAGACAGUAAUGUACAUAAUAUGGUCUCUCUAAAUACAUGUUAUGUAAAUACUUCAGACUGUUUUGUUACCCCCAACCCGCAGUUUUUUUUAGUAGUAAUUUUAUUUUAUUUUAUAUUUUUUUCUUAGAACGAGCUGAUAUUAAAGAGAUUCUGACUCUAAUUCUCUGUAUGUACGACAAUUUAGAAAAUGACACUAUUGUUGUGAUUUAGUCUAAAUAAAUAUCCGAAACAAUAAAUCACGCUACAUUUGUAUACCCGCUUA